UGGUCGGACCCGUCGGUUUCCGGUGGGAGCCGCUGCCGUCUGUGAGGCCGAGGCGGGGCGGGGGCGCUGAGGGCCCGGCGGAGCCGCCCGCGCCAGCUGAUCCUGAGAUCGACGCUUCUCACUCAGUAGUCCUAAGCUGUUGUAGCUGUCUCUGUGCCAGCAAUGGCAACUUCCAGCAGCAGCAGCAGUGAGGAGGAGCGCAGUCUUCGGGAAUGUGAACUUUAUGUCCAAAAACACAACAUCCAGCAGCUUUUGAAGGAUUGCAUUGUGCAGCUGUGCACAGUGAGACCUGACCGACCCAUGGGAUUCCUCAGAGAAUAUUUUGAAAGAUUGGAGAAGGAGGAAACAAAACAGUUGUUAAACCAACAGAAGUCUGGUUCACGCUCAGACUCACGGGAGGAUGAAAUCUCUCCUCCUCCUCCUAUGAACCCUGUGGUCAAGGGUCGAAGAAGACGUGGGGCCAUCAGUGCAGAAGUCUAUACAGAGGAGGAUGCUGCAUCUUAUGUUAGAAAGGUUAUUCCAAAAGAUUAUAAAACUAUGGCUGCAUUGGCAAAAGCUAUUGAGAAGAAUGUGCUGUUUGCCCAUCUUGAUGAUAAUGAGAGAAGUGACAUCUUUGAUGCAAUGUUCCCCGUCACUUACAUUGCAGGCGAGACUGUCAUACAGCAAGGUGAUGAAGGUGAUAACUUCUAUGUUGUUGAUCAAGGAGAAAUGGAUGUUUAUGUGAACAAUGAGUGGGCAACCAGUGUUGGUGAAGGUGGAAGCUUUGGAGAGCUUGCCCUUAUAUAUGGAACUCCUCGUGCAGCAACUGUCAAAGCGAAGACAAAUGUGAAGUUGUGGGGCAUUGACAGAGAUAGCUACAGAAGGAUCUUGAUGGGGAGUACUUUAAGAAAGAGAAAGAUGUAUGAGGAAUUCCUUAGUAAAGUGUCUAUAUUGGAAUCUCUGGACAAGUGGGAGCGCCUUACUGUAGCUGAUGCAUUAGAACCGGUACAGUUUGAGGAUGGGCAAAAGAUUGUGGUCCAGGGAGAGCCAGGAGAUGAGUUCUUCAUUAUCUUGGAGGGCACAGCUGCAGUGUUACAACGUCGAUCAGAAAAUGAAGAAUUUGUUGAAGUGGGAAGACUGGCACCUUCUGAUUAUUUUGGUGAAAUAGCUCUGUUGAUGAACCGUCCCCGUGCUGCCACAGUUGUUGCUCGUGGCCUGUUGAAAUGUGUAAAGCUUGAUCGACCCCGAUUUGAACGUGUCCUGGGUCCGUGCUCAGAUAUUCUCAAGCGAAACAUCCAGCAGUACAACAGUUUUGUAUCGCUGUCUGUCUGAAGCCUUCCUCCCUCUCAGCAACAUGCUUCACGAACGCAGACUGCUUUAUUACCCUUGUGCAGAGCCACAUGGCCACUGGCAUUUGCAGCUUUCUGUCUGUUUAAAAAAAAAAAAAAAAGCUUUUCAUAGUACUAUUUUUAAUUUAGAGCAUAUUAGUUCUGUGCUCUCUGUCCCAUUAAAUACAUAGGAAAAAGUUCUAUGGACAUGUUUGCUGUUACAGCUUCUCUCUGUGCAACUGUGUCCAACUCGGGCAAAUACAGCAAACACAGCCUUGCUUUACUGAAGGAGAGAUCUCCAGGCACUGUGCCAAUUGCCAUAGAAUAAGGAGGUAAAAGGGUGUGGGGGGGAAUUUCAAGGUGUUUCUUAAAUCAUUGGACAGACUUUAAGGCUGUAGUCCUAACCUGCUGUAUUUCUUUCCAAAUGAGAAUUGCCCAUGUAACUGAGCUUCUUGGGGCUUGGGGUUUUCUUUAUAAUUUUCUGGGUACUGUAAUCCUGGGUUCAAUCGUGAGGCAUCAGCUGCUAAGAAAGCCACAGUUGGAAUUUAACAGUUUAAUUGUUCCUGUGUUUGCUGGUUUAAGGUUGCUUAUGUUGUCAAGUGUAAAUCAAAGCUUUCAAGGUUAAUAGUUCCGGUGAACUACUGCAGUUGUUACUUAAUUUGCUGAUUUGCCGCAACUGAUUCUUUCCUUGUUCUUUCUUCAGUGAUAGAUUGCCCUGAACUUCCUGUUCAAAGUGGCAAGAACCAAAUGUUCCAUACAAUCCCUAACUUUGGGCUCAAGUACAUGGGCAUAGGGAUGGUGCAGCCGCCAGGUGUUAGUCAUGCACAGGUACUACACUGGUGCAGAAAUUGGAAGCAAACUUCUCAUUUCCCUUGCGUGCUUUGUAUUCCCCAGUUGACUUUUUUUUUUUUUAAAUGCUCAUCAGUUCACGUGUCCCUUUGAUUCCAGGGAAAUUUAAACUUUGAAGUAUUGAUGGGCAGCAUUAGUUGCAGGGUGCUGGCCCAUAGAGAUGCCAUUAUGCUUAGUGGAGACUGCAAGGCAGGAAACGUGCCUCGCUUUAAUGUUUUAAUUUUCCUGCAACACUCAUUUUAACUAUGUUUGUUUUUAAAGCAACUCAUAAUUUUAAAAAAGGAUAAUUAGGAGUCUAGUUUAAAUACAAAAGGCUUAUUCUCUUUCCAUACUUACCCGAUUGACACGACGCAUUUCAUACACUUUUUUUUUCCUCCCAAGUUCAAUAUGUUGUGGAGUCUUAAACGUAUUUCAGUAUUUUCCAGCUUUGUGUUGCAUCGUUCUGUGUGCACCAAUACUUCCCAGAGGUUUGUACUGAAUUCCACGGUUCAAUAAUGGUAGGCAAUUUUUAAGGUUUCGUUUAACCUGUAAUUUAUAUCCAGUAGUGUAGGUUUGUAUUUGGGAGUGACAGCAAGCGGUUUUGCGUUUAUGGGGCAACUGCUUCUCAAGAUGGAGCCCUCAUUUAAUUUCCUUUCCGAGAUGAUAUGGAUUCAAAUCCAACAGGCUUUCUCCCAGGCGUGUCAAGAAGAGCCUGCUAAUUGAUGCAAAGUAAUUUUGAGGGUGUCGGGCUUUUACAAAAGGGUAUUUCCAAACCUGAAAUCCCAGUGGUGGGAUUUAAACGCUCAUGGUUUGAGUUCUGUCUUCACAAGAAAUUGAGAAGACUGCUUCUGCCGGAGUCCUUAAGGAGUAAGCAAAUGCUACUUUUAUUUUUUAAUUUUUUUUUGUAAAACUGUUUUCUUCAGUUUUGGAUCUAUCCAGGUUUUUCCUUCAUUCUGUGUUCAUGUUACUUUAAAGCACCAAAAACUGUGUAAACUAGUUAGAGCUCCACACAAAAGUGCACAUUUUUUUAUAUAAGGCUUUCUAAUCAAGUUUCACUACUGCAUCUUUUUAGCUUGCUGUUUACUCCCUUUUGUAGUUUUACCUACAAGAUUUUAAGAUAAAUCAGCUAAGUCUGAGUUAAAUAUUAAUCACAGUUGUAGCUUUACCUUUGUGUGCAAUUUAAAUAUGUUUGAAACCACAAUUGGCAUAGUUUUGCCUUAGUUAACAUUUGGGGCUUUAGAAGUAAUUUUUGCUAGUCCACCUUUAGCGAAUUUAUAAAGUCUAUUGCCCUAGAAAGCUAUAGUCAACCAGAGGACCAUUUUUGUAUUGUUACCUGACUAUAUAAGUCUGAUUUACUGUAUGUGCUAAUAUAUUAUAUUAUAUUCCUUUUGUUAUAGAUUGUCCUAAUGGCAGGUAAAGCAAUAAAAUGAUUUAAAUUCUUAAAUGCAA